CGUGACUGUUUGUGGAGCUGAACACGGAAAUGAUGUCAAAAAGUUUCUCCGACUGCCAGUGUGCUGCUGAAACACGGAGAUCUUCGAUAAGAAUGACUUCUGUUAGUCGUAAUAACAGAGGGCAUGACUUCGUCAAAAAGUACCAGAGUCACUUGGAGAGCCGAAUUGAGAAGGGGGAUCCGAGUUUGGUAUGCAGAGAUGAGAAGAUCUGUAAGGAAGCGGAGGCGCUCCUUACCAAAGGCAAUGCCCAGAAGAUCCUUAAACUAGAUAGUUUCGAUUUACUGACAGUAAUGGAAAACUCACUCCAAGCAUUUCCUUUCAAAACUGGCCUUUUGGGUCUUGAAAAAAUGUCCAAGGCCUUUGAAGUGUUGGAGCUUGCUGCAUUAAAUCUCUAUUUGUACCCAUGGAGAAAGGAAUACAAAUUUGUAAAGAUGUUUUCAGGCAUGUUCACACAUUUUAUCAAACCUGCACUAACCCUAACGCAGGCCAGAGAGCUGUUUGGGCUACUUGGAUAUCAGCCUGCAAGCCAUAAUGAGGAAGAAGAGUUGGAACUAGAAUCCAAACCAGUUCCUGCGGCUUUUAUACUUUGCCUGGCAAGUGCCUUCUUCGCUGCUCGUAUAGAGUGUCAGCUGCUCCUUUCCAACUUAGGCUCGGUGGACACAAGUGUAGAGUCGAUUCUUCAGAUAGUUAAAGAGAGGCAGGAAGGCCACAGCCUUUCUGUAGCAUUAUAUAACACUAAGAGAAAGUUGGAGGCUAUUUAUGCUUCAGAUGGAAAACAGACAGAGCUGGAUCUGUACACAGAUGAGAACUUGCCACAGGCAAAUGCUAAUCACAUGGCAUCUACUUCUUCGCCACCUCGCCCUUUCUAUAUGCAAUCAAACGAAACCCUCCCAAAUGAGAAUUUACACAUAGACCCUUUCCAAUCAGAUGGGUUGAAUAAUAAAAGCAGUGGUCAGGAAGCAACACUUUAUGCCUCAGGGUUUCAGUGCCAGAUCAACAACAGUGUCUCGCUUUCACAGAAUUCAGGACCACUGGAAAGCAUUGGUAAAGAACAAAUGGCGGGUGAUCCUGAGAGACAAACAGCAGAAGUGGGAGGGGUUAUGUGCAGCUGUUCCACUACAACAUCUUUGUAUAUGUACUUAUGUGAAAAUUGCAGUAACAUUCACAGAGGGGAUUGUGAGUAUUACAAGAGUUGUAAAGCCAGAGGACAUACAUUAGCACUGUGCUCAGACGAAGUUGGACAGCAACAAGAAAAGAAUGCGCCACUUUCAAAAGAUUUACUGAAGAACCAUCAAUGUAUGGAAAAACCAACUUCUGAUACCUUUCUGGUAUGCCGCAGCUGUCAGUUAAUCCAUGACCAUAGCUGUACAAGCAAUAAGUUUUGCCAAUUGCUGCAACACUUUGUUCAGCCUACAGGUAGAUUACUGACUGUAGUUAAUGCUCCAGAGAGGCACACCUGUCUUACUCCAGAGGCUCCAGUAUACGUAAUAUGCUCCACCUGUAACAACGCCCAUGAUUGUAUAUGUACACAAGUGAAAAAUUGCAUCGAUAAUCAGCAUGAGGUAAAAUUCCUCCAGGUUUCUGGUGAUUCAGAAACACACAACACACCAAUGGAAUUUCACCACUGCUGCAUUGCUAACCCAUUGUUGCUAACCAAAUAUGCAUGCCUAACUUGUAAAGUAUUUCAUGGUUCUUUCUGUUCAGAUUUAUGCCAAUACUCUCCAACACACAAAAUACAUGAACUCAGGAACACUUGCGUGAUUUGUUUCCAUCAUGAUGUUUCAGUCUUAUGUAGGUAUUGCUGCCAUCAGUAUUGCAGAAAUUGUUGGCUUAAAAAUCCCAUGUCAUGUAAGUGUGGGAAUCCUUUUCAAAACUUUUCUUCAGUUUAACAACAUCCACACUUGUUAACAAUUAUCCAGAUAAAGACACUGUUUAUUUUAUUCAUGUACCUUUAUCACAUUAAGCCAAAUUAAGCCUAUUCUUAUUGUAUGCAUGUGUUAAUUUGCACAACAAGUCUAAUAAAUCUCUUAAUUUUUGUUCUUU